AUGACCAUGAGUUAUAUGGAAAUGGAGAAGAGGUUCAAGGUAUACGUGUACGAAGAAGGGGACCCACCAAUCGUACAUGAUGGGCCCUGCAAGAGCAUAUACACAAUCGAGGGUAGAUUUAUACACGAGAUGGAGCACGGUAGUAAUAGGUUCAGGACAAGAGAUCCUCACUUUUCUCACGUUUACUUCAUGCCCUUCAGCGUCGUUUGGAUGGUAAAGUACUUCUACAAGCCUAACUCUUACAACGUGUCUCCUCUCAAAGAGUUUGUGGAUGAUUAUGUGAGUGUCAUCUCCACAAAACACCCUUUCUGGAAUCGAACUCAGGGUGCUGAUCACUUCAUGCUUUCAUGCCACGAUUGGGGUCCACUUGCCUCAAAAGGUAACCCAUUCCUCUACAACACUUCAAUCCGGGUCUUCUGCAAUGCCAAUUCCUCCGAAGGCUUCAACCCACAGAAAGAUGUCAGCCUCCCAGAAAUCCAUCUCUAUGGUGGCAUCGUAAACCCCAAGCUCCGCUCUCCUCCACCAGCCAACAGUUCAAGACCCCACCUUGCAUUCUUCGCCGGGGGAAGUCAUGGUCCAAUCCGGCCAAUCCUCCUCCAGCACUGGAAGGGCCGUGACCCCGACCUACCAGUUUUCGAAUACCUUUCCAAGGAUCUAGAUUAUUACUCUUUCAUGCUCCAAUCAAAGUUCUGUCUAUGUCCUAGUGGGCAUGAAGUGGCUAGCCCAAGAAUUGUGGAGGCCAUUUAUGCUGAAUGUGUCCCAGUGAUACUAUCUGAUCACUAUGUGUUACCAUUUAGUGACGUGUUGAAGUGGGAGGCAUUCUCAAUACAGGUUGAGAUUUCGGAAAUUCCGCGGUUGAAGGAGGUGUUGAUGGCAGUUCCGGAGGAAAAGUAUGCGAAGCUGAAGGAGGGUUUGAGGGCCGUGAGGAGACAUUUUGUGUUGAAUCAACCAGCUAAAAGGUUUGAUGUGUUUCAUAUGAUAUUACACUCUGUGUGGCUUAGGAGAUUGAAUGCAAGGAUUAGUGCUACCAUACAUUCGAUUGCCGUAGUGCAGUUAUCUUUCAAUCAAUUUCCGAUCCCCAGUGAGGCAGUGACAUAUCAUGAAUUCGCCAAGGGGACCAUGGCUCAACUCUAUUACCCGGAAUGA